CGUCUGUCUCCUCCUUCGACGCGUUUGACUCGACAUUGUCUCUACAGCUCUAUCUCCGAUCACUCGUGUACUCCGCGCUGUGUCGGUUUCCCAGUCAUACUGCUCUCAUCAGGCAGCGCGGGUCCCGUACUGGAGGCGAGCAGUGGCAGUGAGGCGCUGCGAGGCGCGUGGACUGCCACGCCCGGCGGCUACUCGUCUCAAUACGGACUACAAAGGGCAUCGCUCGCAUGUCUCCUUCGCGACAAAGGAGCCCCCUCGCCACCCACUACUUCAAGAGCGAGGUUUUCAGCAACCAGGGAUGCCUUCUCUGCUCACACUCCUCCACAUGCGACGCAAGUCCGAUGCCCCGCCGCCUAGUACGCGAACCACCACGGAGAGUCCAGAGGAAGUCGCUGAUAGGCUUGCCUAUCUGAACCUCAGGCAGCAACAACAGCCGCCAGUAGCUCACAAUGAUGCCUUCGUUGGUGGCUUUCACCCUGCGGCCGUUGGUGGGAAUGGGCCGUACGGUGGUCCCCGACGACCGACGGUCGCUCCUUCGUUUCCCGUCGCUCAGGCUCCGCCGCACCAUGGUCCGCCUCCAGUGCCUUACAAGGUGCCAGACAUAGCGAUCCAUUCUCCGGACAGCGGGCGGGGUAUGUCUAGGACCAUGGGUUUUGCAUUAGCUGUGUCUGCGGUCCCCGGUGUAUUUGGACCCCCGCGGCCUUCCGCGAACAAUUUGCAGCGGCCCCAGCUGGACGUAGCGUCUCGACCGCACUCCGACCCUAUGCCAUACACAACCGUUCAAGCUGAGAAAGCACGCUCGGGAGCCACUCUCCCGCUUUUCAGCGACUCCGAUGACCAGUUGCCGCUCUCCGUCCCUCCAAAGCCUUCUGCGCGAAGCACUUCCACAAAUCUACAAGUUUCCAUCUCCCAUCCCCCAGGGCGCUCAGUGUCCUCACCUGCAGUGGCAACCUCAUCUCCGUCCGACCUACCGGAUAAAGUUACGUGCAGUGGCUUCACCAAGACCAAGAAGCCGCGGCAGUGCAGACGUCAAACAGAUAGAUCUGUACUCUCCCUUCCUGAAUCGAAUAUUUGGUACUGUCACCAGCAUCGCGCCGAAAUGCUCGGACCUGCUACCUUUCGACUGGCCACCGGCCAUUUCGAUUACUACGCCUUGUUUAUUCCAGAGUAUUUGAGCCCUGAUGCUCGGGCGGCUCUGCGGCGAGAGAUGACUAGGCCAAUUUCUGAGAAGGACGGUGAGGGAUAUAUCUACGUUUUUCAGUACCGAGACAAGAACAAUGCAAAUCAAGAUGAUUUGCUCUUUAAAGCUGGUCGCACGAACAACCCAAAGUCACGCAACGGCCAAUGGUCGAAGCAAUGUCCUUCCAUGGAACAUCACAUCGCACACGUGCACCCUCCUUCAGAAGAUGGGAACGCGGCCAGCUUGAUGGUCGCCGAUCUCAAUCCGGGACCUCCGGGCAUCUGUUGUCAUCGCCUCGAAACCCUGGUCCUCACCGAACUCGCGGACCUUGCACGUUAUCAGCAGUACUUGCAUCCAGAGUACCAGGUUGAGCUUCCCAAGCUCAAGCUCAGGUGGGAACACCUUGAACAAACAGUACGCGAUAGGCAGUCGCCAACGAGGGCUCCGUGCAAAGAUUGCGGUCGAAGUCACAGGGAGUUAUUCACCUUCCCUCGUAUCAAGUCGGGGCCUUACGUAGGCCAGGAACUCGAACGAGUGAUCAUUCCUGUCAUCAAUCGAUGGGCGGACUUCUUAUGCCUUCUCGCUAUGAGGGACGAGUGAAAAUGGACGACAUCUAUACCGACAUUCACACUGUGGAGGUACUAUUCCGGUGGACUUGUUGCAUUUAUUGUGUAAUUCUAGGGGACAUCCAACGUUCUGCUGUACGGAUCACUAGUACCGAAUCUAUUCUGGCAUCUGUCUGAUAUCGACUGGAUAUCUGUACUUAUGUAUGUAUAUUGCGCACAUACUGGGAGGGAGCCCGCAGUAACCCCUGCGCCACAGAACUUUA